AUGCAAAACACAGGCAGUGCAGGGGAGCCUCGCUACAGGGAUUCCAGUAAAGAAGAGGCCGUGGAGGAGGAAGACGAGGAGGAGGAGGAAGAGGAGGACCUGGAAGUCAAGGAGGAAAACGGCGUGCUCGUCCUCAGUGACGCCAACUUCGACGACUUCGUGGCCGACAAGGACACCGUGCUGCUGGAGUUCUACGCUCCGUGGUGCGGACAUUGCAAGCAGUUUGCUCCAGAGUAUGAAAAAAUCGCCAGUACCUUGAAAGAGAACGACCCUCCCAUUCCUGUCGCUAAGAUAGACGCGACCUCAGAGACAGCGCUGGCCAGCAGGUUCGAUGUGAGCGGCUACCCCACCAUCAAGAUCCUCAAGAAGGGGCAGGCUGUCGACUACGAGGGCUCCAGGACCCAGGACGAAAUUAUCGCCAAGGUCAAGGAGAUCUCCCAGCCCAACUGGACGCCUCCACCGGAAGUCACACUCGUGCUGACCAAAGAUAACUUCGACGAGGUGGUGGAUGGUGCAGACAUCAUCCUGGUGGAGUUUUACGCUCCCUGGUGUGGACACUGCAAGAAGCUGGCCCCCGAGUAUGAGAAGGCUGCCAAGGAGCUGAGCAAGCGCUCUCCCCCAAUCCCCCUGGCCAAGGUGGACGCCAUCGCGGAGACAGACCUGGCGCAGAGGUUCGGUGUCUCCAGCUAUCCCACCCUGAAGAUCUUCCGCAAGGGAAAGCCUUUCGAAUACAAUGGCCCGCGAGAGAAAUACGGGAUUGUUGACUACAUGAUCGAGCAGUCCGGGCCACCCUCCAAGGAGAUCUUGGCCCUGAAGCAGGUCCAGGAGUUCCUGAAGGAUGGAGACGAUGUCAUCAUCAUUGGGGUCUUCCAGGCGGAGAGUGACCCGGCCUACCAGCUGUACCAGGAAGCUGCUAACAACCUGAGGGAAGAUUACAAAUUCCACCACACCUUCAGCACUGAAAUAGCAAAGUUCUUGAAAGUCUCCCCUGGGAAGCUGGUCAUGAUGCAGCCUGAGAAAUUCCAGUCCAAAUACGAGCCCAGGAGCAACGUGAUGGACAUCCAGGGCUCCACGGAGGGCUCGGCCAUCAAGGACUUCGUGCUGAAGCACACGCUGCCCCUCGUGGGUCACCGCAAGCCCGCCAACGACGCCAAGCGGUACGCGCGGCGCCCCCUGGUGGUCGUGUACUACAGCGUGGACUUCAGCUUCGACUACCGAGCGGGAAAACUGAAGCCGGUCAUCAAAUCCCAGCCGGUGCCCAAGAACAACAAGGGACCUGUCAAGGUCGUGGUGGGGAAGACCUUCGACUCCAUCGUGAUGGACCCCAAGAAGGACGUGCUCAUCGAGUUCUACGCGCCCUGGUGCGGGCACUGCAAGCAGCUGGAGCCCGUGUACGCCUCCCUGGGCAAGAAGUACAAGAGCCAUAAGAACCUGGUCAUCGCCAAGAUGGAUGCCACUGCCAACGACAUCACCAGCGACCGCUACAAAGUCGAGGGCUUCCCCACCAUCUACUUCGCGCCCAGUGGGGACAAAAAGAACCCGAUUAAGUUUGAGGACGGAAACAGAGACCUGGAACAUUUGAGCAAGUUUAUAGAGGAACAUGCCACAAAACCCAGCAGGACCAGGGAAGACCUUUAAAGGCUAGGAGGGCCGGAGGGACCAGACACACUGUGGCUUCCAGUGGCCGUGGCCGGAGCCCGCGCCAGCCACCCGGCCCUGCUCAGCGCAAGGGCGGUGUCUCGAAUAUCUUGUUGUUGUUGUUUUUUUAAAUUUUUUAUACUCUGGUAUUUCACCUCAUGCUCUGAAUACUGAAUAGAUAUGAAUGAUUAAGUAGAGUAGCCCAGAUUUUUACAGAGGAUACAUCUAUUUUCAUCCUUAUUGGGGGUUUGAUUUUUUUUUUUUUUAACUUUUCACUUUCUUUAAUAUUAUUUCUUUUAAGCAGAUAAGUUGAAUCUCUUCUUGUGUAAAUUUUUUUUUCCUUUUUUUAAUUUAAAAAUUUCAUAACCUUUGCCAAAUUAUGUUGAUUUUUGCCCUUUGUCGCCUGAGGAUUACUAGUCAGAGUGCUUUCGUUUUUGUCCCUUCCUGUUGCAUCAUGGCAAAGUGAGAGCCCCGCCGAGGACGACCUCUCAGCCUGACAGCCGAGCCGCCGCCCAGUCCAGACAGAAGCAGUGCCUGGGGGACCAGGCUUCACCGAACCUUCUCCAAGGACUGUAGGAUGAGGGGCCUUUCCCAGGUCCCCAGGCCCCUCGAGCCAGGGUCUGAGGUGCAGCCUUGGAGAGAGAGGAGGCCUCCCCUCCUCUUCAGAAUGGACGUGGUUGGAAGAGAGAUGACCUAGAGCACAGGCGGAUACUUUAGGGGGAUAGUAAGGACCGGUAGGCUGUCGUGAUGGAAUAAAAGAAAUAUUGAAAAUUAACCUGCA